AUGGGUCGUCGCCGAAGUAGUAACAAGCCUCCACCAAAGCGGAAAGCUAUUGUCCCACUUGACAAAGUGUUUAAUUGUCCUUUCUGCAAUCAUGGUCGAUCUUGUGAAGUUAUCUUGCAACGGGAUAACAAUAUUGGUUACAUUAAGUGUACAAUAUGUUUAGAAGACUUCCAGACUAAAAUAAAUUAUCUUAGCCAAGAGAUUGAUGUCUACAAUGAUUGGAUCGAUGCUUGUGAAGAAGCAAAUGCCUAAUGCAGACACCUAAUAUUUAUAUGGGUUUAUUAUGCGCUGUACAGAAGACGACGGGCAUUUCACUGUACAACAGCAGGCAGUGCAAAAUAUGCUUUAGAUGACAAUCGACUUCUUUCAUGUUUCGUAAAUACGAUCAUCU